AUGUCCACCUUCCAACCACUCCGCGCUGUAAUCCUCACCUUCGACCAAAUCGAUCUCAUCGACUUCACAAGCCCCUACGAAACAAUCUAUCAAGCCCGCGACCCCGCCACAAGCAACAGACUCUUCCGCAUCGAAGUCGCCGGUCCCGGCACUUCCGUGACCGACAAUGCAGCGACAAUGAGCACACCGUCGGGUCUUACGUUCAAACAACACAUUAGCUACGACCAAGUCCUCGAAGAAUUGUCCGAGGUUGAUUUAUUGGUUGUGCCCGGUGCGAAUUGGGCUACGACGGAGAGACUGAGUCAAUGGCAUGAGUUUCCGGUUAGGAAGAUCAUAAAGGAGUUUGCGGCGUUGCCGAGCAGGCCUGCAACGGAAGAGAGACCGCCGAGGGUGCUGUUGUCGAUUUGUAGUGCCUCGUUCUUCCUGGCUGUUGCGGGUGUGCUCGCUAAUCGGCGCGUGACGACGCACCACUUCAUCAUCAAAGAAUUAGAAGCAUUAUGCGCGAAACUGUAUGGUGCUGGCGCGACGGAGGUCGUUCGGAAAAGGUUUGUGGAUGUUGGAACCCUAGACAAUGGGGUCAGGGUUAUUGCGUCGGGGGGAUUGACGAGUGCGUUUGAUGCGUCGCUGUAUGCCAUUGAGUUGAUUACGAAUAUGAAAGAGGCGGAGAGGGUUAGCGAGGUUUUGGAUUAUCAGUGGGUGAAGGCUGAGGGGUUGAUAUGA